GGCCGGCGCGCAUCGCGCAGCUGGCCGGCGGCGGCGUCGCGGUCGCCAGGGCGGCCGCCUUCACGACGCUCAUCAACGUGCUCCCCGCCGCGGCCGACGGCACCACCACCGCCAAGCCCCACGCCGAAAUACGAAACGGACACGGAGACAGCAACGGCAACGGCGCGGGGGGUGGUCCUCACUCUGAACCGGCGGCUGAGGCCGUCGCGCAGGACGAGAUCAGGAUGGACGCCGUCUGGGUGAACGGCUCGCACCCCCUGCAGCUCAUCUUCAUCAUCCGCGCCGACGGCGUGUCCCUCCGGACCCGCUUCGACGCCGAGGCGCUGGGCCGCCGCGCGCUAGCGCGCAUCCUCGCCCAGCUCGACCACUCGCUGCGGCUCCUGACCGAGGCGGCGCCCGACACCCGCCUCGACGCCCUGCCGCUGCUCCACCCGGACGCCGCGGCCGAGAUCGCGCGCUGGAACGACGCGGCGCGGACGGCGUCGCCGCGCCCGCCGGCCGCCCUGCUUCACUCCUUGUUCGAGCAGCAGGUCCGGGAGCGCCCGCACGCCGUCGCGGUAUCGUCGUCAUCGUCGUCGUCGGCGACGGAGCGCGGCGGCGGCGGCGCCGAGAGCCUGACAUACUCGGCGCUGGACGGGCGCGCGUCGCGGCUCGCGGGGGAGCUGCGGCGGCGGUUCGGGGUGCGCAGGGGCUCGCGCGUGGGCGUGCUGCUCGGCCCAUCCGUCUGGGCCGCCGUGGCCGUGCUGGGGAUCCUCAAGGCCGGCGCCGCGUACGUGCCCGUCGUCGAUGUGCGCGAGGGCGACGACGAACAGGAACGUGGCCGCAACGUGUCGUCGUAUCUGGCCGCCGCGGGCGUCAAGCUCAGUCUGGCUUCCACUUCGGGAGACGCAAAGUCUCUCGGGACGGUGCAGCGCGUGCUGCCGCUCAAGGGCGGGCAGAUCCCUGGAGGCGUCGUCCUGUUGGGCGAGCUAGCAUCACCCCUAGGCGUUUCCAAUGGCGGCGAGGAUGACUACGAAGAGACGAGGGUGGAGGAGGGAAUCACCCCCGAUGACCCCGCCUGCAUCAUCCCCACCAGUGGCAUCACGGGGCCGGCCAAGGCUGUCGAGCUGACCCACGGCAACCUCAGCCGGACGCUCGCAGCGCUGGCACAGCGAUUAGACUGGGGACCAGACUGUCGGAUGCUACAGUCUGCGCCGCUGGCGACGGGUGCAAGCGUGAUCGAGACGCUCGCGGCUCUCUGCUUUGGCGGCUGUCUCUGUGCCGGUCCGACGGUGCGGUCCGAAGACGACGUCUCCCGUCUGUCCGCCUUUAUUACCUCAUCCGAAGCGAACUGGGCCAUCUUGCACCCCCAUAUCCUCAGUUGCCUCUCUCCAGACAUGGUUCCGUGUCUUGGUUCGGUGCUUGCCACCGGCGACGGGGUAACUGAUGAGACGCGCCAAAGGUGGAGCGCGCCUGGCCGACGCUUCUUCGUCGGCUGGGGCGCCACCGAAGCCUCUGUCCUCAGCACCGUAGCCGAGGCUCGGAACGAAGCCGACAAGGCCGAUGGCGGAAGCACACCUGCCACCCCAGGCAGCAAUACAGGUAUAGGCCAGCCGAUCGGCUGCGCUGUCUGGAUAGUCAACCCCUCAAACACAGACGAGCUAGCACCGCUCGGCGGCGUGGGCGAGCUGCUGGUCGAGGGCGCCGGCCUGGCUGCCGCGCACUGCUAUGUCAACGACGGAGGCGUCAGGGCGACCAAGCCCAACUUCAUCCCGGCGCCGCGCUGGGCAGCAGCAGCAGCAGCGCCGCAGGUCAACGGGGACGCCAAAGCCCUCCCGCGCUUCUUCUUCCGCACCGGGGACCUGGGCCAGUACGACCUGGAAAGCGCGGCGGCGGCGCCCAGCAUCCACCUGGUCGGACGCUCGGACAACUGCGUCGCCGUCGUGGGCGCGGCCCAGCGGGGGCGGUCGACGGCGCACCUCGAGCAGAUCGAGGCCGCCGCUUCCGAGUCUAGCCUAGUCCGCGAGGUGGCGGUCGUGUCGAGGAUCGCGGCGGGCCGGACGGCGCUCGUCGCGGUCGUCGCGCUGGCGGCGGGCGGGCAGCCGCCCUCUCACGGCGGUGACGACGCGGUGGUGCCGCAGAGGACGCUGUUUCCAGUCCCCGGCGACGUUGCAGGUCAGAGGCUCGAGGCGGUGCGCGAAUACGCGUCGUCUCGCCUGCCCGCCGAGCAGGUGCCGUCCGCGUGGCUCGCCGUGGAGCGACUCCCGAGGACGGUCUCGCACAAGAUAGAUCGCGCGGCUCUGAAGAAGUGGUUGAAGACCAAUGCCACUUGAAAAAUCAGGCGUAGUAGCGUGUUUAGAGUACGUAGGAGAACUUUUUUCCUGGUCUAGUCUAGAAGCCUUGUAUUCAAUUUGCCCAGCAACAAUAUGGUCCGCAUGUUACAUCAUCCAUGCCCCUUCUCCUACUCUGCAGCAACCGCUUUCUC